AGCAAAGAAAGAAGUUCUUCACACCCUUUUACUUCAGCGCCGCGGCAGUCGGGCCAGGAUGAGGUGCUGACAUGGGAAAUAAAGGCUACCAGUCCACAUACAGGUGAAACAGGACAAUGACCUUCAAUUUCAAGUCGCUACCUAUACACAGAUCCCAUCAAGUUCUGAGGUCGGUCUGGGAGAUCAGCUUCCAGCGCUGGCCCGGUUCGACUGCAGGAGGCGUCCUCUCCAGAGAAUGGCUUCGUCGCUUCUUGCUGCUCAAGCUGCUGACUGUGCUGCUGUUCCCUCAUGGAGCAGGGCUCCCCCUGCUGGUGGGCUGCGUGUUCAGCCUGCACGCCUUCUUGCUGCUGCGCUCCCCUCACAUCUCCACCAAGCCCUCCACUGUGCUGCUGGGUCAGCUGGCCCGCACGGACGGCGUCGUGCUGCUGCAGUGGGCUCUCCGGCUGGGAGCGACGCUGGGUCACUGGGUGGAGGACUCGGGCUGCGUGGGCGAGAUGAAGGGAGGUCGGCCGGUUUGGUGGAGGGAGGCCGUGAGCGUGCUCUGUCAGCAGCUGCUCGAUGCUCACCACCUGGCCUCUCUGCUCCUGCUGGGGCUGCUGGGACUGGAGGCCACGCUGGUGUCACGCUGGCCUCAGCAGACUCGCAGGUUCAGGACUUCUCACUGGGCGCAGAUCAGCUGUGGUCUGGUUUGGACACUUGUGCUGCUAGAACUCGUGUCUUUGCUUUACUUGAAACUCGUGCAGGACCUCAGACAUGAGACGUACCCAACAGCACUUCAGGACUCUCAGACUUUCUCUCUGGGCCUCCCGACCUUCUGCCUCUGCCUGAGGAGGAUGUUGUGGCUGGUGAACUCAUGGCUGCAUUAUGCCGUCUUCAACAGUAAACCGCAGAGGAGAAAGAGCUCGUUUCAUUAGAUGUCUGUCAAAGUACAUGCUGUAUGUUUCUAUGUUAAUAAUAUUUUAAUAUCAUAUUUAAUAAAUGUAUUUGAUACGGUA